UCAGGAUGGAUUUGUUUCAGAGUUCCCGCCGCAGCAUGAUUUCCGUCAUGGCGUGGCAGUUGACCGCUGGCGCGACAGCUGGUGGUGGAUUGUAGCAUUCAGCAGUGCUGCAGCUGCCGCUGCAGCAGGUUUGGGUAGAUGUCAUCCAUUGAAGUUCACAACUUAAGUGGACCUCUUUGUACUGUGACCCUGGAAUCCAACAGCACUGUGGCUGACCUCAAGGUGGCUCUCGCCAAGGUGUUGCGUGUGCCACGUCGUCAGCAGCGGCUCAUCUCCGGGAGCAGCCCCCUGGAGGAUUGCCAACGCCUGGAAGAGCUGGGCGAGCCACGGGUCACCUUCGUUCGCAUCACCUACUCCGCGGCCACCUUGGAGUGGAUGGCCCUGGUCCGCCGGAAAAGCGCCUUCCUGUCAAACGCGCCUUUAGAGGUGCGAAACGACCACGAAGUGGUGCUGACGGCCAUGCAACAUGACCGCGAUGCCAUCUGCUGGGCGGCGGAACAGAUCCUGAACGACCGCGACUUUGCAUUUGCGGUGGCUGCCCGGCAUGGCCAGGCCUUGCAGCAUUUGACCUCUUGGCAGGGUGUUGCUCGGCGGAGAGCGCUGGAUACAUUGCAUGAUCCAUCCAUCGUCCUGGCGGCGGUAAGCCAAGACCCCAGUGCCAUCGAGUUUGCCUCACAGAGCCUGGUGAGUCAACAGGACUUCCUGAUCGACGCCAUCCAGUGCAGCAAGGGUCAUGUCUUGCAGCAUUUGAGUCCUGAGGUGCAAGAGGAAGUGGCUUUGCAGAAAGCCGCCGUGAGCUGCAACUGGCUCAUGUUGGAGCACUUGGCUCAGAAGAUGCCAGACAUACGUGGUCUUCCAUGCAGUGGCUACGCACGGCUGCGCCCCUUGGGCCUUGGUCCCCAAAACCUUGCCCUCGAGUUCGCCUCGGUCGCGCUGCGCCGCGACACGGAGCUGGUGCUGCUGGCGCUGCAGCGCAGCCGCGGCGCGGCCUUGCGCUGGGCCGACGAGACGCUGAAGGGACGGAGGUUACCUGUUGGAACAUCAGUUUCAGUUGUUGCUUCUGAUUUGGUUUGGGAAAACAACACUGGUUUGGGACUUUUGUCGCCGGGUGAGCAACGGGUAAGAAUUUGUGGACUAAUUCCCCCGGAAGCUGUUGGACUCCCUACACUGACCUUGCUGGGUGCCUCUUUCUUGAGUCUGUCUGGUCCCUAUGGUUUGGUGGAUUUGUCUGUUGAUGAGUCGUGCCGAGUUCUGUGUCACCAGAAGCCGACCAUGUCCCAUGUCACCAACUACGUUGAACUUUGCUCAGGUGCUGGUUUUUCGUCUCUGGGUUUCACACUGGCUGGAUUUGUCCCUAGGUGUGCUGUUGAAGCCCAACCCAAGUUAGCAGCGUUGCACAAAGUCAUGCAUCCGAAUGUCCCAGUGAUCACGGCAGAUAUCACUGAUGAUGCCACCGCAGCCUUGAUCCACGAUGCCUGCCCUGAACCAGCCACCAUCAUGGCAGGGAUUGCAUGCCAGCCUUACAGCCGAGCCGGCAAACAAGAUGGGGGACAAGAUGCAAGAGCUGCGACUCUCCCUGCAGCAAUGAGGUUGACCCAUUGGUUGCAAGCACCUAUUUUGGUGUUGGAAUGCGUGGUUCCAGCCAGGUCAAAUGAAUAUGUCUUGGCCCAUCUCCGUGAACUGGAAACCCAACUGAGGUAUCAUGUUGUUGACUGCACUCUGAAGCUUGAAGAUACCUGGUCAGCCAGGCGGUACAGGUGGUGGAUGGUAGCAACACACCGUAGGCUUGGUAGGGUUUACAUCCCUGACUACCCCAAGGGUUCACCACUGGUUGUAAGGGACCUCAUGCCAUACACCAGACGAUGGAGUGCGUUUGAAGAAGAACAGUUGAUGUUGAAUGCCUUGGAACUUGAGAGGUUCCAGUUGGGAGGUGAUCCCCUCAGGAAAUACCUGGUACGUGCAGACCAGAAACUCCCAACAGCCUUGCAUAGCUGGGGUGGUCAAACACAAGGAUGUGCCUGUGAUUGCCGUGCCCUCGGUUUUGCAGAUGUCACAUUGCAGUCCAGAGGGCUGUUUGCCCAGUUGCUUCAGAUCCCUGGCUUGGGGAAUCAGAUCAAAUACAGGCAUUUGCAUGCCAUCGAGGUGGCAAUCCACAACGGGGUUCCCCCAAUGCAAGCAUGGAGCUCAGAUGCCAGGUUGAACUUGUGCGCCAUUGGACAACUUGCCAGCCCAAUGCAUUCGGUUUGGUUAGCUGCAUCCAUCACUGCACAUGUUCAGAAACUUUUCACGCAUGACACACCAAUUGACCCGAUGCAGACACUUGGCCAGUUGAAACAGGUUGUCCUGAUGCAAAGCAAGGAGUUUUUCCCUGCCAUCCCACGUGCAGGGCACAUUGCCCUGCCCGAGCAGAGUUGCAGUGCUGACCCAGGUGCCAACUGCCAGAUCGAUGUGCAUGAUGGCCUAGGAGUGUCAUGGAAAGUGUUGCAUCAGCCAAGCAGCACGAUCAAACAACUGAUCGAAGCAGAAUGUGAUUUGCAACACAUGCCGCUGUACGAUGUUCAAGCUUGUGGCGUGGACGGAAUUGUCCUUUCAGAUGACCUUCUCCUCCGAGAAGUUCCUGUAGUAAUGUUGAAGAAGCCUGACAGUUCACAUGUAUCCAUGCCAGUUGAUGAGUGCAUGCCACAGGUCCCAUUCACGCCUGAAGAUUUGUUGCCAAUGCCUGAUGCGGAGCCUUUGUCACCCUACGUGCCUGCCGUUGCUGUAGUUGCCACACAGGUUGACUCUGAUGUUGACAUGUCAGGACUUGAAGCUUGCACACCUUCACAUGGAGUCCAGUCAGUCCGGGUUGAUUCUUUGUCUCAUGAGGUUGCUUGUGAUAGGUCGGUUCAAUCCUUGCAGUCCCUGUCCCCAGCCAGUUUGCUUGCCAUGUUGCCACCGUUGGUGCAAGAUGUGAUCAUGUGUGAGACGUUGAGAUCCCACCGUUUGACAUGGGCAUGCCGUGAGCAGCUCCUACUGUUGCAGGAACAUGUUUGGGCCGAUGAUGAAAUGCUUUGGCAUUUGCAAGCUACAGUAGCCAACUCACGCAAACCUGCUGUUGUCUUAGAUCCUCUGCUUGCCAGUACAUGGACUUCCACUGGCACUGUUGAUUGUGUACGAGCAUGGACUGAAGCUAUCACUGAACCGGCAGACAGAAUUGUCUCAGCUGUGCUGAUGCAUGGACAUUGGACACCGGUUGUUUGGAUUGUCAAACCAAAUUGCCUUGAAGUGCACUUGCAUGAUCACGAUGACAUGGAUUUGAAUGGCCUGAAUGGACUUCAUGGACUUUUCUGCCAGGCCUUUGAUGUUUCUCAUGCAGCCGCCGGUCAUGUCAACCGACCUUGGUGUUGGGGUGCUGGCAUUGAUGAUGUGCAUUCUGUGCUUGCCAACUUGUUGCAGUUUCAUGGGGUUCCGCAGUCAGCCACCAAACAGCGGGCCAAACUCAUUGCACAGAGCUUGGGCAAAGAACAGGUCAAGCGAGCACUUGAAGGUGUUGCCCCAUGGAAGAGCCUUAAGCAAAUUGCCAAUCAGCACACGCCAGUGAUCCAACUUGUCCUGCCAGAUGAGCUUGCAGCAGUGGUGCAGGAUAGGAAAGCCAGGAAGUCAAAUGGGAAGGAAGUAAAGACUGCCAAGCCCAAGCAGGUGCCAGCCAAACCAGUGGAUUUGGAUCCAGCCCGUUUGCAACUUGAGCCUGAUACCUUUUGCACACAGCCGGACACCAUGUUGCAGCAAAUCCCUAUUGGCCAUGUUGGGCCCCUUGCCACAGGUGUUGCCUUAGUCACCUAUGCUGAUGCAGUGCCCUUUUUGCAGGCCAACAAAGUGCUGACGAACAAAGGACUGGCAUUGCUCCUUGUCAAUGGGCCUUCUGACAUCCAAACCGAUUUGCAGUGGAGCUCAAUCAGGUUCGCUGCCAAGUGUGCGGUCAACCAACAGCCAGUGCUACUUCAUGGAGUUUUGGUUCAACUAGGUAGUACACCAGUUUGCCCUUUCAUGCGUCCCACCAAUGUGUCAGUCCAUGAUGUCCCGGUUGCCUGUGCCAGAAUCACAGUGUUCCAAGACCAAUGGCCGAAAGACUGGGAAUCCUUCAGCUCUCACCCAGUCAAAGAAGCCUUGCAACAUGUGCUGCCUCUCCAAACGUGUAGGGUUGAAGGAUGUUCAUGCGACAAGUGGCACAAAGACCCCAUGGAUCAUGCCCAAGAUGUUUUACUGGAUGUUUUCAGACGUCAGUUCUUCACAGAUGCAGGCCGCCCAGUUAGAGCACAUCAAGCCAGCCAUUUCAGUGUCCAAGUGCGAUACUUGAAGCAGCAAGAAGCUGCAGUUUUGCGCUGCAGUGGGAAUGCCGGUCUGUACAUAGAGCCGAGGCUGCCUGACUCAUCCAAUCCAUCAGAUGAGUACCAAGUGAUUUGGCUUCCACAGUCCACCUUUGCGGAAGCCCAACAUUGCAUGCAGUGUGAGCCUCACAGCAUUGGCCUUGCAAGAUCCGGACGUCGCUAUGGCAUCAGAGUCCAGUCAAAACAUUUCCAAACCAUGUUUGCCAAGCUGAAGCCGGAUAGCCAAUUCCUCGCCCCGGGUGAGAGGAUGAACUGGCACUGUGGCCCAUGGCCAUUUGGAAGUGAUCGCAAGAUGCUGGCCAAGAUCUUCAGUGAGAUGCAGUGGCAAGCACGCCCUUUGCAACCAGCAUUAACAGUUGAAGGAGGGAUUAUGUGGUUGGUGCAGUCUGUGACAGAGCCUCCACAAGCAGUGUGGAACCUGCAACAUGGCCCUGUGGUUGUGUCAAGGUGCGAGUCGGUGUCUGCCAACAUGCUCCAGUCAAGCCAUGUCAUUGGCCCGCAGUCCACUGUUGAACUGUGUAGCUCCAAUGCCGAAACAGACCCAUGGUUGACCAAAGACCCAUGGCAGGGUUCGUUGAAGUCUGUCCCAGUCCAGUCUGGUCCAUGUGUAGCCACCCAAAUACAGGAAAUGGAAGAACGCCUUGAAAAGUCACUGCUUGCCCGAUUGCCUUGUGAGCAAAUGGAGACAGACGAGACAGACAACAAGGUCCAACAGUUGGAGCUUCAGCUCCAACAACUGGCAACCAGGCAACAGGCGUUGGAAGGGUUGGUGAGUGAACACCAUAACCAGCACACGGCACAGGUUCAGACCUUGCAAUCCCAGAUGAUGUCGCAAAUGGAAGUGCAACGCACCCAGAUGAAAGGAAUGUUUGAUGAUCAAAUGAGCCGCCUUGAGGCCAUUUUGGCGAAGAAAGGAUACAUGACCGGGGAUUGGAAUUACACCACUGACCAGCUAGCAGUGACCAGCCAGCUCCUUGCGGCAGGGUGGCAAGAAGUUCAGACCUUGGAGUUUUUGCGCAGUGGGGCCACACCACGAAGCACUUGCAAAGGCAAAACCCAGAAAGACCAUUUAUGGCUUUCCCCUGAACUGAUUGCUGCCUAUCGUGGGCUUGUCAUUACAGAUGAUCAGUUCCCAGAUCAUGCUUUGUUGACUGCCAAGUUUGCACGUGACCCUGCUUUGUACACCCGUUACAUUUGGCCGACACCAUGUCAGGUCAAUUGGAAACAAGUGCCAGACCUAGCAGUGCCAGUUGACUUCCAGCAAGGCAGUCCCACUGACCAAUAUGCCGCCAUGUGGAAGACCCGAGAAGACUCAGCGCAAGCCACUUUGCAGAAUGCAUGGGAACACAACAUGCGCGGAAGAGGCCAACGCACUUCCACUUGCACUAGGAAAGGAUGGGUUGCCCCUCCCAAGUUGGGUAGAAGCAAUGACCCACAACCAAGUUUCAUGGGUUAUGAUGUUCAACAUGCCCGCUGGUUGAAGCAGUUGCGUCGGCUUGCCAAUUACCACAGUUGGGCCCAGCACCAUUGGCACGAAGCAACCUUUGCGUCAUGGACUCAUGGACUGUUGCUCUGGCGUAGCAUCUUAGAUGCCAAGGGGUUUGGGGCCUCUUUUGCUGGCUGGUGGACUGGACGAAAUUGCGUUGGACUUUCUGACCCUGAUGUUGUGCCAUCCAGUCCCCCAGACCCAUGUGUUGCGUUGUCUCUGUGGGAAUGUUUUGAUGGAGAAGUGCGUAGCCUUGAAAGACGUUUGAGCCAAGCCAAGAAAACUGCCAGAGUUCAUGCACAUGCCCGUGACCCCAACUUGAUCUUCCGUGACACCCGACGACCACUGCCUGAGCCUGUCUCCAGUUUGCUGGUCACGCAUCGAGCAGUGAUCGCCGCAGUUGACCCUGAUGAUGUUGCAGUUGAACUUGAACAACCUUGUUUGUUUGAUGACAGUCGGCCAGUCCUUGUUGAUGACAUGCCGGUGCCAACCAUCCAUGCCACAGAUACCACCCUGUACUUGGGGACUGUUCAGCAUGCGAAGCCAGGUAUGCAGGUUACACAACAAACACCGGUUGGUACACUUGAUGCAAUGUUCGAUGCUUUUCAUGAGCAAUGGCAGAAGAGAUGGUGCAAGCAUGAUAAUGUGCCCCACUCGCACUGGCAGAACUUGAUAGCUUUUGCACGAGCAAGCAUGCCACAAUGGCACAUGCCUGACUUGCAUAUCACCCCAGACUUGCUCCAGGCAGAGGUGUCACACAAGAAGCCGACUGCGGCAACAGGUUUGGAUGGAGUGUCGAGACGGGAUUUGCUAGCUGCAGGCCCCAACAUGCUCCGUAGUUGUUGCAGCAUGUAUGACAGAGCGACCACUGAUGGCUCAUGGCCACCCCAAACACUGACCGGAAAGGUCGCAAGCCUUGCCAAAGUGCCUUCACCAACUGGCACAGGUGAUUAUAGACCAAUCACGGUGUUCAGCUUGUUGUAUCGGUGCUUUAGUUCCUUGCAAGCACGUCACAUGCUCACACUUGCCGAUGAAUGGUGUCAUGCUGACAUCCACGGAAACCGCAAGCAGCACCAGACUGCACACCUUUGGAAAAGUUUGGUUGACCAAAUCCAAUGUGCCUAUGACCAAGGCCAAUGCCUGAGUGGCUUGACAGCCGACAUAGAAAAAGCCUUUAACUGCCUUCCACGGUUUCCUGUCCUUGCAAUGGCCCUCCAUGUUGGAACCCCUUUUUCUUUGUUGCAAGCCUGGACUGGCGCCCUUGCCAGCAUGGUUCGUAGGUUCAAAGUGAGGGACAGUUACAGCAGUGGUUUCCAAACAAGCACUGGCCUGGCGGAGGGUUGUGCCCUUAGCUGCUAUGGGAUGCUUCUCAUAGACGAUGUGAUGCACAGGUACGUCCAUGCCCAAUGCCCGGCUGUUAGGGUUUUGAGUUUUGUCGACAACUGGGACUUCAUGACCUGGGACUCCACAGCAGCCCUCAAGCAGCUUGAUGUCUUACUGCAGUUUGCAGAUUUGACCGACCUGACAGUGGACCGUGCCAAAACUUUUGCCUGGUCAACCAAUGCUGAAGUCCGUGGAAACAUGAGGGCGGCUGGAAUACCUGUGAAACACUUUGCCAAAGACCUUGGUGCUCAUGUGGCCUUUUCGAAGCAACGUACCAACCAGACGCUUGCCCACCGGCUUGAUGCCCUGAGUUCCUUUUGGACCCAGUUGAAAGCAAGUAAAGCAGGGUACAUUGCCAAAGUUCGUGCCUUGCGAAGUGUUGCCUGGCCUCGUGGGCUUUUUGGGGUAGCUAGCGCACCGUUAGGUCAUGCAGUUUGGUUGAAACACCGUAGGCUUGCCACCAAAAGCCUUUCCUUUGACAAACCAGGUGUCAACCCGCUCUUGCUCCUUGGCUUGGUCGAAGCUCAUGCAGAUCCCGAAUGGGUUGGCAUUCAUAUGACUGUUGCUGAAGCUCGGUUGUUGUGCCCCCUGGACUUUUGGGCUGUUGAGUUGUACCAUGCCGCUUGCUGUCUCCUGGAACCACCACCGUCGUCGCCUACGGCCGUUUUGUUGUCCAGAGUGCAGCGGAAAGACUUUGGCGGCCUGUGUUUUGUUGAUGCCUUGCACACCAGACGGUGCCUUCGUGCCCUGCCACCUGACCAACAGGCACUGAUGCGGCUAAGCCUAGCCGGUGGACUUUACACUCAGGAUGCCCACAAACACUGGAAUGACACCCAAGGCACCUGCAAAUGGUGUGGUCAGCCUGACUCUCUCGAGCACAGGUACUUCCAGUGCCCUGCUACAGCAUCCACAAGAGCCAGUGUUGCCCCGGACCUUGUUGCACUUCGGCACCAUAUUCCCGAUGCUUUGGCCUUACGCAGCUGGGCACUUUGCCCACCAACACAAGAAGCCUGGUUGCGAUGCCUUGCGUCCAUCCCGGACGAACUUCCACCGUGUGCAUUGGAUUUUUUGCCUGAUGUCUGGAAUCCUGUCUUCACUGACGGUUCUUGUCUUUGGCAGUCUGAUCCUGCGUACCGUGUUGCGUCCUGGGGUGCUGUCUUGGCUCAUCCGUUUACGCCUCAAUGGACUUUCUCCUGCCGUGGGGUUUUGAGUUCCGGUGUGCUUCCUGGUUUGUGUCAGAGUGCGUACCGUGCUGAACUUUAUGCCUUGGCUGUGGUGUUGCACCGAGCUGCUGUGGGGGGCUUCCGGGUUAAGAUCUAUAGUGAUUGCCUUGGGGUUGUUAAUAAGUAUCAAUUGCUCACCCGGGGACAGGCAAGGUUCAAGGUAAACUCGGCCAAUGCUGACCUCUGGCUGUGGGUUUUGGAAUCAACGGACCGGUUGGGUCUGGACAAGAUCUACGUCCUCAAGACACCUGCACACCGUACAGUGGCCUCAGCGAGAUCACGGUUUGAGGCGUGGAUGUUUUGGCACAAUGCUGCAGCAGACCAGGUGGCGAAGUUUGCAAACCUGGACAGAGGUGAGGCUUUUUGGAAAGUGUGGAGUGACCAUUCAGAAGCAGUGGUUGCGGCGCGACAACUGCAUCAACAGGCGUGGAACUUACAUUUGGCAGUGGCUCAGCAGAGCGUGAAGGAUGAGAAUGCCAUGACGUUGGAUUCAUUGCCUGCACAGCAGCCAAAACCGACCAGGGUGUUUCAGACAAAGUUUGACAUCGGAGCUUGGCAGGGAGAAGUGCCGUCACAACUGGCGCAUGAAUAUGGUUUUGGCAUGGCGCAGCGAAUCGCCAUAUGGUGGAAGGCUCGAACAGGCACCGGAGACUCAACUGUCCAGUGGGUGUCAUGUGCACACUUGUACAUCGACUACCAGUUGUCGUGGGGCUGCGCAGGUCCCUUGAAAUGCAAGUCUGCCUGGCUGGACACUUUCCUUCGGCCGUAUGUGGAUGGCAACAAAUUUCCAUUUCUGAAGAGACUCAAAUGGUUCAGGCGUUGCCUUAAGCUGUUUUUGGCGCAGACACGUCAAACAGUAGGACUGGAAAUCUGUCGCUGCAUUAGUGAAAUUGUGCAGGCACAUGUUUUUGCUGCCUCUGUGGCGUGGGAUGCAGCUGCCUUGGCUACCACAGAAAGCUGGUUAGCUACCAAUUGUAGUGGCCCCGUUGCACGUGGAACAAAGAUGCUGCAGGCGCUCCCGCUGGCAAAGGUCAGUAAGGGCAUGUGUCUUGCAGAACUUGCAUCGAAAGAUGCUGCAUUUAGUGCUGACUGCACUUGAGUGUUGACAAAAGGGCCUCGAUCCAUUCCAUGAUCAGGCCCGUCCGCUAGAAAUGGUA